GAUCCGAACAACAAAGAUGGAGUCGUGAGUUACUUGCGUUAAACCACCGAGGAACGUCUAGUUUUAGCCUUUGUAUCAUCAGCUUUACACGACGGGAACUUUCUGACUGACUGAAGCAACAUGAUGAAACCAGUUCACACUGCUUAGCAUAUAUCCAGUGGCCGUCGCUAGAAGCUGUCGAGCGGGGUAAACAAACUGGCCGCGACAACAACAUCAAGCUCCAGCAACUAGCAUCUAGCAGCUAACAGACUAGCAUCUGUUCGGUUUCACUGUGACUGAGCUGGUCAUCAGACGAAAUGGAGAAGGGGGACUUUCUGAAGGGACUGCCGGUCUACAACAAGAGCAACUUCAGCAGGUUCCAUGCGGACUCAGUAUGCAAAGCAUCGAACCGUCGACCAUCUGUGUAUCUACCAACACGAGAAUAUCCAUCGGAGCAGAUCAUCGUCACAGAGAAGACAAACAUCUUGUUGCGAUAUCUUCAUCAACAGUGGGACAAAAAGAUUGCAGCAAAAAAGCGAGAGCAGGAACCCACAGACGGGGACAACGCGGCACCGCCGAGAAAAAUUGCCAGAACUGACAGUCGAGAGCUGAGCGAGGAUUCAUAAAGCAACAUGCUGCCCGUGUUCACCCAGCAGAGACUGACCCACUGAAAUGCACAGAUUCAGGAUGUGUGUUUGUCGACCCAGGCCUGGACACUGAUGCACAGAAGGAUCAAUACAUUUCAAACAACAGUAACCCCAAUGUUCAAUUCAAAUUCAGACAGAUUUCCUUGCUACUUCCUUUACUUCCAAGAAGCUAUGCCUCAGACUUUACUCUUUGUAGUUUAGAAAAAUAACAUACAUCUACCUCCUUAUACCUCAACUCUUCUGGUUUUCAGUCACUCACGCUCACAGUUUUCUUCUCAAUAUGCAGGGAGGGAAGUCAUCGCUCCUCUGCAGCCAUAUAAGGCUUUGAUGUUGACGUCAUUCGUACCAUCUCUGAGAUAUGCAUAUCUUAAGUUAAGUCUGUUUAUGGGAUUAGUGGCAUGUCAUCCUUUUUAGGUCUUACUCCAAUAUAUAUAUAUUUUUUCAGUUUUAAAUUUAAAAUCUUAUUUUAGCUCAUCCUUUACGUGAUCACUGUCAGCACAGUGAAAUUAAAACUGCACUGUGGUCCUUGCUUAGAUUGAUUAUUCAGGGUUUUGUUAUUGAAGAAGAAAAGUGUUUAAAAGAGAUGCGUCUAUUUUUUUCCGGACAAGUAAUCGUCUGUUGCCUUAAUUGGAAAUAAGUGUGUUUUCACUGUUUUUUUUUUUGUAAUUGUCCCUUUUGUCAACUUUGCUUCAGGAAGAAAUUAACCACUGCUGAACACAGUGGAUAUUAGUAUCAGUGAGGACACAUUAAAGCCAACACGUUCAUACUAGAUGACGUAAACUAAAAUUUCUUUGUAUUCUUUAGCCGCUUUCUAAGUUCAAUGUUCAAUAUUUGUUUAAUUGCACGAUCGGCACAAUAUUUAUGAAAGGGGUCAUUUGUUGAGGGCAAAGUAAACAUUCUGUCAGCUGCUCGUAAAGAUGUUGCAUUACGCUCCACACGUUUUGUACAUUUGUAAUGUGUGAAUAUCGUGAUUGUUCUGACCCUUUUUAUCAGGUAAUAAGACAACUUAAUUCUCUAUCUUCCCCAGGUCAGCCCCGUUGUAUUUUCACUUCGUUUAGCCAAAGAACAAACGGAAGCAUUUGACCUAAUUAGCUUUGCACCUUUUUUGCAAAUGUAUACAAACAAUCUGUUGCUAAUUGUAUUAACCACAUUGUCAAUGUCUGGCACAUCUUACCAUCUCUUCAUGUACAUUUUUACAUGUUACAGUCGUUCAGCUGUUCAAAGGUUUACAUAGCAUGUGUUUUAACUUUGCUGCUUCUUUAAUUUUCUCGAGUAAGACAUAAAACUAGAGACAUGCAGUGAUUUAAUUCCCCCGUCUCUUCAUAGAAAGUGUGUUUAUUUGACUUUUGUGAUAAGAUUUGUAUCACAUCACCUGAUAAAGUUCUGAAUGUGUUUAUUGUUAAA